AUGAAAAUCUGGACUAGUGAGCACGUGUUCAAUCACUCAUGGGAAACAGUUGCUCAGGCUGCUUGGCGCAAGUACCCUAAUCCAAUCAACCCCGCAGUCUGGGGUACCGACGUCGUCGAUCGCCACGUCGAUCCGCGAGACGGAGCUCUGAUCACACAUCGCAUCAUUAGCUCACAAUGGGGUCUACCCUCGUGGGCAGCAUCUAUCCUCGGUAACCCGUCUGCCUGUUAUGCAUCAGAAGUGUCCCGAGUGAACGCAAGCACCCGCAAUUUCCAACUAGAUACCCAAAAUUUAACUUUUGGAUCGCACAUAGCAGUGGAUGAGAAGCUAAUAUACUUGCCGCACCCAGAUGACCCUAUGAACAAAACCUUAUUGAGGCAAGAAGCCGUGGUAACCGUAAGCGGAGUACCAUUGACGAGCUAUAUGGAAAGUGUGCUCACGAACACGAUCUCGUCAAAUGCCGGCAAAGGCCGGGCAGCCAUGGAAUGGGUAAUCGAGAAAGUGAAUCAAGGACUACGUUCCAUGGACGAUCUUUCCCACGCUGCUAGGAAGUCAUUGGAAUUCGACGCAGUUUGA